AAAAAAUAACGAGAAAGAAAAGAGACCAAAAUCCCUAAUUUGGUGCUCGCCGACUCUGCGGGGACACAAAGGUACACCAUUUCUGAUCUGCAACCAAACUCAGAGUCUCAAAAAUGGAAGAAUUGGUCUUUUACAGACAAGGCUUUGUUUCUUCAUAUCCAUGUUUAUUCUCUGGAGCUAUCACCACCACAAAGAGAGUAAAAAAGCUGGCAGUACAUCGUCUUCGAUCUCAAACUCAAACUCACUAUUUUUUUUCAAGGCCCAUUAGGAACAAGGGUUACAUGCCCUUGGUGAUCUCCGAUCAAGGUGAGUGCCGCGUUUUUCACAUGCGUAUGCCUCACAAGCUCCACCAGGGCAGCAGCACCGGUCGUGUCUGUAAUGUUAGCAACGGCGCCGUCGGCGGUGAGGCCAACAAGCAGGUAUUCAUAAAUCACGGAAAUGCCAUAUUAUUUUCUGAUUUGGUGGGCAUUUGGAUUUGGAAGGACAUCUAAAGGGCAAUCGAGACAUUUCACUGGAAAAAUAAGAAAAUAUAAAAAAUAGUAGUAGAGGGUCGAUGAAAUUUAAUCGAUAUAGGUCCACCUAACUAGGGGUAAUUAAGUAACUUCAUUGAGAGGAAAAUUAUACAAAUAAGUAUUGUGUCAGCAUCUGGCUUGGCUGGGAAUCUCAGCCCAAGUACGCCUUUGAGCUUUGAGGCUCUCACCAGACCAUCUCUCCUAUUUUCUCCUCUUUCUUUCUCUCUUACCUAGCAAAAACCAAUAAAAAUGGCUUUGCAGCUGUGGGAGACACUCAAGGAAGCAAUAACCGUCUAUACUGGACUCUCUCCAGCCACUUUCUUCACAGUCUUGGCUUUGGGUUUGGCGGUCUACUAUGUGAUAUCUGAGUUCUUUGGAUCCUCGGAUAAUCAUGCGAGGCCUAGAAGUGUUGAGGAGCAGGUGCAGCCUCUGCCUCCUCCUGUUCAGCUUGGUGAGAUCACUGAGGAGGAGCUCAAGCAAUAUGAUGGCUCUGAUCCUAAGAAGCCUUUGCUCAUGGCUAUUAAGGGUCAGAUCUAUGACGUCUCCCAGAGCAGGAUGUUUUAUGGGCCUGGUGGACCUUAUGCAUUAUUUGCUGGAAAGGAUGCCAGCAGAGCUCUUGCUAAGAUGUCCUUUGAAGACAAAGAUUUGACUGGUGAUAUCUCUGGUCUUGGUCCGUUCGAGUUGGAGGCCUUGCAGGAUUGGGAAUACAAGUUCAUGAGCAAGUAUGUUAAGGUCGGAACUAUUAAGAAGCCUGUCCCAGUAACUGAUGAAGCUGCUUCUGCUGGUGAACCAGAAGAAACUAAAGAAGUUGAUGUUGCCAAGCCUGCAGAAGAUGGUCCAUCAGCUUCAGCCGAUGGAGCUGUGGAAACUCCUGAUGCUGAAGCCAAGGAGUAAUAAUGUUAAGAUAUAAGUUCAUGAUUGCUUGCGGAGAUGCCAAGAACAAGGGAUGUUUGUUCAAAUCCAUGUACUUGGUGAACAUUGUUUUACAGUUUAGUUUUUCUUCCUCAAUGUAAUAUAGUUCUGUUACGGACAUGCUUUGCCAUUCAAUAAAUCUUUAUGUCGAACUAA